AUGGCGGGUGAGAACUACACAAGGAUCACAGAAUUCAUUUUCAUUGGCUUGAGAUGCCACCCUAAGCUUCAGGUCUUCCUGUUCUUGCUCUUUCUGCUUUUUUACCUGAUUACCAUGACAGGGAACUUGGGUAUGAUCAUUCUUAUCCGUGUAGAUUCUCGACUUCACACUCCCAUGUACUUUUUCCUCAGCCAUCUUUCAUUUGUGGACAUCUGCUUCUCAUCAGUCGUGGGCCCAAAGAUGCUCAUGGACUUCUUUGCAGACAGAAAAGCCAUAUCUUUUCUGGGCUGUGUCUUGCAGCAAUGGUUCUUUGGUUUCUUUGUGGCCAUUGAGUGCCUACUCUUGGCAUCCAUGGCCUAUGACCGCUAUGUGGCCAUCUGUAACCCACUGCUGUAUUCGGUGGCCAUGUCCCAGAGACUCUGCAUACAGCUGGUGGUAGGACCCUAUGCUGUUGGUUUCUUCAACACCAUGACCCAUACAACAGCUGCUUUCAGACUUCCCUUUUGUGGCUCCAACAUUAUCAAUCACUUCUUCUGUGACAUGUCUCCUAUCCUUUCCCUCAUAUGUGCUGACAUAUGGAUCAACAAACUGCUGGUUUUCAUUGUGGCAGGAGCUGUAUUGGUUGUCAGCAGCACCACCAUCAUAAUCUCCUACUUUCAUAUCCUCGUUGCCAUCUUGAGGAUCCGCUCUGCUGAAGGGAGGAGGAAAGCUUUCUCUACCUGCUCAUCCCAUGUCACAGCCGUCUCCAUUUUGUAUGGGACUCUCUUCUUCAUCUAUGUGCGGCCGAGUGCUAUUUCUUCUCUGGACCUCAACAAGGUGGUAUCUGUGUUCUACACAGCGGUGAUUCCCAUGCUCAAUCCACUCAUCUACAGCCUGAGAAAUAAGGAAGUGAAAGCGGCCAUGGGCAGGACGGUUGCCAAGGCCAAAAUUUUCUUCAAAAAUUAA